ACCCGCGUCUGCUGUCUCGCUCUCUCCCAAUCACACUCUGCGACCUUCCCUCCGAUCUCUGUACCUUUUGCGUCUCUUUCAACCCUCUUGCAGUUCGCCUUUUUGUUGUUACCGCCCAGUUCGAUCAGCAGGGUCUUCUUUACCCGGAGUUGUCUCUCUAUCUCUGACCACCAGUCGCUCGUUUGCCCACAUUCGCUUCUACACACUCAACGGUUUUAACUACUAUUACUCCCUUCCUAGAGCUCGAUCCCCAUCCUGGCAGUUUCACGCACUGACCCGGCUCCUCAAACCUCCCGAACCGUCAGAGCUUCUUGACCCUGAGUACCCUGCCACCGGAUUCACACAAAGUCUUGGGCUUGCCUGGCAGCGAGAUCGAUCGCGGACAAGAUACAAGGGCUGGGUGGAGGAUGACUUCAGCAUGAGCUUGAAAGAGUUGGAUACUUUUUGGAUACCUGAAUUGGCAAACCGCCGUUGAAUAUAUCAUCGCCCCACGAUCGAACGACUACGUCGCCUGCGGGCAUGUCGAGAUACUACUCGUUGGGCGCAUUGGCCCUGCUGGCACCUGCCGCGCUCGCGCAAAGCUGUAUAUCUUUGGCGGGUUCAAAGACCUGUUCUGCAUUCAAUGCUUCGUCGAUUUCCACAAAUUCUAAUUUGACCGGACUCUAUCCCUUUCUUGCCUAUGUUACGUCGACCGACGAGUUCGACACUCAAUUAAAUCAAUAUGUAUCUCAGCAAUAUGUACAAACGAAAUACGUCAACAUAUUCGGCUGUGACGGCAUCAAUCUGGCCAACACGACCGACUACUAUGCCCGCUACACCUUGAGCUUCAUUUGCAAUGGGAUAGUACAGAACUCCAAGCAGCCUUGUGGGUUGUCCAACGCAGACUCGAGGCCAUUAUGCGCCGACUCCUGCGCCGAGCUGGCUCUAAGCGAAGAAGAAAUCAUUUCCAGCAACUUGUGUUCAGGUCGAAACACAGACUACGCUGAAGAACUUCGGGCCGACUUCACCAAUUGCGCUCUGCCAGCCAACUCUAUCAGCGGAAGCUGUAUCGCAGGCGAAUCCAAUGAACCCGGCAACUGUGGUUUCGGAGACAACCUGAUGGGUCUUUGUAAUUUCUGCCGUGCAAGCACCGAGAAUGCUACCGACUCCUGCUGCUUCACGUCCAAUGCCGAGGGCCGUUGCCAGAAUGUCGCUCUCCCAGUCUUCUCCACCAUCUCCGGCCUGCUCUCAUCCACCGCAACUCCCAGUUCGUCGCCCACGAGCAGCUCUACUGCAGGUGCUGCAGGCUCUAGAGGCCAUGACAACGGUCUCAGCGGUGGUGCCAUUGCUGGUAUCGUUAUCGGAUCAAUUCUUGGAUUUCUACUACUCUGCGCUCUCAUUGUUCUCGCCGUCAUCUGCCUCCGCCGCAGACGCAAUCAGAGCACAGCUGGCAGUCUCCUCAACCAGCCGUCGCCUCAUAGAAGAGGCGGUCCAGGCUCUUCAUCACACAGUCCACCCAUGUCACAGCCUGGAUAUGAGGUACUGCCAGGCGGUCGGGUGGCCCGCAUGUCUGCUCUGCAAGAUGAUCAACCUGUGAUAGGACCGCGGCAUAACCACACUUCUCACACAGACAUGUAUGGAGAUAGUCCCGAAUCACGCGAAAAGACGUUGGGCGGAGUCGUGGCUGCCAAACAUGGAGACUCCCCUGGUAGUGAUUCGCAAAACGACAGUUCUCCCGGAGACUUCUCCUCACCCGAAGGGGUGGCUAGUGGACAAUCCGAACAACUACCAUUUUUCAAGGACUACUACUCAAAUGAUGAUAUCCACCCUGGUGAUAAGGUCUCCGUUCUUUGGGCUUAUCAACCUCGCGCGGGAGAUGAAUUCGAGCUCGAGAGAGGUGAUAUGCUUAAAGUCGUCGGCAUCUGGGAUGACGGCUGGGCGACUGGAGUACGAAUCAACGAUCGAGCCGAAGACUACGAUGGCAAGCAUAAGGUGCAACGAGACAGUGGUGUUUCCAACGGCUCGGCAGCCCGAGACGACUCACCUACACCGUCAGGAGACAUCAAAGCUUUCCCAUUGGUCUGUGUUUGCCUGCCCGAGGCAUGGAAGAAAACGGUAGAAGGCGACACUUCUACGGAAAGUGGUUCAGGUGGUCCACCUCCGAUAUGAGGCUGACUUGUCCGCGAUCAUGCUGUGUUUAUGACGACAUGCACUUAGCCUAGGCGUUUGGAAAUGAUGGUCGAUCAUCCAGCGAUGAGAAAACUACAGACUUCGAUAAUACCAGUAAUAUCACAAGCAGAAGUGUUCUACCACCCCAAAGGACCAAAAACCAGUUUUCCCUCGUUGGGCAUCGAGCAUCACCCUGUUGAUCAGUUUCGGCCAUGCUUUUGCUCACCAACGGAAUUGGAAGCGUCUCUGGCGGCCGUUGUGCUUUGAACUCAUUUGAUUCUAUGAUACCCCUUUGUGUACAGUUUGUUUGCAGCGUCCAUGCACUUCGAUGUCGAUUUUAUUGCGAGCAGGAUUUGUGUUUGGUGCAUUCUGUUCAGGGUGGAAUUGGAGGAGGUACGCAGAGAAGAGGAUACCACUUGCAAGUCAUGGUGCGGCCUGGACUCCACGCACUUUGAGACUCAGGCAGGAGACUCAAGAGGCGGGGAUAGAUGGUUGCAGGGUUAUGAACAUGAAAACAUGCAGAAGAGGCAAUACAGGUUAGAACUUGAUAGUCGGGCAGAGGAAUGCGACAUACUGUACAAACUCAGGCCGUGUCGUCCCUGUAUUGCUAUUUCCUGCUUCGAUGCCACUGUAGAUGCGGCUUUACAGAUGCGGGUAACAGUAAAGGGAGGAAUUUUGUGCCCGGUGCCUGGAUGGACAGCGAUUCUACGAGGUACAGUAGUCCGGUUGUGUAUAGGGGUGUGGAAGAGAAUGUCC